ACCUGCGAAGAGCACCGCCUCCUACAUUCCACGCGGACCGCAUGUUCAUAACGAUAGCUGACCGUAUUAAUCCUUAGAAUUUAGAGUUAUACACAAGUUACUGAACCAUCCAGAGAGGUGAAUGUUACGUCCGAAGCUGUGAGGCGCAUCCAAGUGCAUUGAUUUCUCAAGAUUUGAAGCCGCUGUCUCCAAAAAGCAAUACUGAACAGACACCUCACGAUGCUCCGGAUUUGCUUAUGUUUAAGUGUGUACGUCACCUUCGUUGCUUCUCAAGAGACAGAGGAACCUGUGUCUUACACGUGCACAGAUGGCUAUGAAUUUGACAUUGAAAGACAAGCAUGCAAAGACAUUGACGAAUGUGUAACCUUUCCUGAUGCUUGCAAAGGGGGUAUGAAGUGCAUAAACCAUUUUGGUGGGUACUUCUGCCUCCCUCCAAAUGCCCAGAUCUUCAUCAGUAAUAAUGACGAGCCUGCCCCCCCACCACAAGAGCCGGAGCCUGCCCCUUCAGUGCAGGUUCUGUCUACCUCCAAUGUGAACCGGAACCCGGCCGUUCGCUGUGCGGCAGGCUUUGCAGCGGAUGAGCAAAACUACUGCAGAGAUGUAAAUGAAUGUGAGGUGCAAAAUCCAUGCCAGCAGCAGUGCUACAACAUCAUGGGCUCAUUCAUCUGUCAGUGUGAGCAGGGCUAUGAGCUUGCACCCGACUCCGUUUCCUGCCAAGAUAUCGAUGAGUGCAGCUACUCCAGCUACAUGUGCCAAUACCAGUGUGUAAAUCAGCCAGGGGGGUACAUCUGCAUGUGUCCAGAAGGGUACCAGCUCCAAGGAAUGAGACUCUGUCAAGACAUAAAUGAGUGUGAAACGGGACACAACUGUCGGGAGGAUGAGAUGUGCUGGAAUUACCAUGGCGGAUUCCGCUGCUACCCCAGAAAUCCCUGCCAUGAGCCGUACGUGAGGACGGGAGAGAAUCGCUGUAGUUGCACCUCCCAGACUCUGUGCCAUGGGUUGCCACCAUCCAUGGUCUACAAGUACAUGAGCAUCCCGUCAGACCGUUCCGUGCCUGCUGACAUCUUCCAGAUCCAGGCCACCACCAUCUACACCAACACGCACAACACCUUCCGGAUUAAGGCGGGCAACGAAGGAGGGGAGUUCUUCCUUAGGCGCUCGAGCAACGUGAGUGCCAUGCUGAUGCUGACCAAGCCCCUGUCCGGCCCCCGCGAGCACGUGGUGGACCUGGAGAUGAUCACCCACAACAACGUCCUGAACUACCGCUCCAGCUCCGUGCUGCGGCUCACCAUCAUCGUGGGGCCCUACUCCUUCUAAGCCCGGGGGGGGGGGGGAACCCUGGCGGACCCACCCGCAGCGCUGCUUCACACAUAGAGGUAUCAGUCAAGCUCCAUUAUAGCCAGUUAACGCAGCGGCAGACAGCUUGCUUCGGUCCGGGCGGAUGGCAUUUGGCGACGUUCAAGGCGCGACUACUCUCACUCCUCCCUUUUUCUUUAGUGCUGUCGCGCUUUUCAGCGGCAAGGCGACGGUGGCUGCAGACGGGCUCUACUAUCGAUGUCUCGCUUAGCUUGAGAAAGAGGCAACCGAGUUCAUGUGACAAUGAACGGGAGACUCAAAAAGCCUUUCAGUGCCAAGCCGUCGGGUUGUCAUCUGAGUUUCUGUGCAGAGAGACAGCGAUUGCUUCAAACACGACCCAAAGUUGUAAAUAUAAAUGAAAUCUAUUGCACAAAGUAAGGGACAAAACACAGCGAUAAUAUGCAUGAAAACUAAACUCACUAAGACAUCACUGCAAUUAAGGAGUAAAAGACAUCUCAUCAAUGACAGUUGUAAUGUUAUGUCAAAAUAAGAAGGUCCUCAUUACAGGGCUUGCAUCUUUAGCAACUGUAACACACAGGACAAAAAGACAGACUUACUUCCCCUAUAUCCCACCAAGAAUAAUGACAUAUCCAGGAUUAUUUAAUCAUAAAAAUGUUUAAAUAAGUCAUAGCUGACUGAAGAAAAAAAAGCAUUGUACAAGGGAGCUGAGUACAACAGAGAGUCUAAUCACAGCUGCAAAGGUAAUAUAUGUACAGAUAACACAAAAAUAUGACAUCCAUGAUCCUGUAUGUCAAUGUUUAUGCCAUAUAUUACAAAAUUUAUCA